AUGAUUAUUUCGACCUUGGUCUUCGUCUCUCUAUGUGCUCAGACAUGGGCUGCACCACAGCAAGGGGGCGGUGGAACCCCUCGAGUCACCAUCAAGGCACCUCAAGCAAACCUGAAAGGUACAACGAAAGGAUUUCUUGGAGCCAAGGCUGGUGAAGUUGAAUCAUUUAAUGGGAUCCCCUUUGCCAGGCCUCCCAUUGGAGACUUGAGGUUCAAGCCACCUGUACGGCUUACCGAAGCCAUGGGCGAAGUCGAUGCCACCACAGAACAACCAGAGUCAUGCCCGCAGUUCAUCCUACAACCAGACUUUGGCUCGCCUCUUAUCCCUCCAGACCUUCUCGAUAAGGUCCUCAAUCUACCCAUUCUCAAGAACCUAGCCGUUGGGCAAGAAGACUGUCUCACUAUUAAUGUGCAACGCCCCGCCGGAACCAAAGAGGGAGAUAAGCUACCGGUGAUGUAUUGGAUAUUUGGCGGUGGGUUUGAACUAGGCAGCACCUCCAUAUACAAUGGUGCUGGACUUAUCGCAGAAGGGAUGUCUACCGGCAAGCCAUUCGUUUUCGUAGCAGUUAACUACCGUGUGGGUGCUUGGGGAUUCAUGCCGGGCAAGGACCUCAUGCAGGAAGGCAGCUCUAACGCCGGUCUUCUGGACCAACGAAUGGGACUAGAAUGGGUCCAGGACAACAUUGCUAGCUUUGGUGGCGACCCGGACAAGGUCACUCUAUGGGGAGACAAGGCCCUCUUCCGCGGUGCCAUAAUGAACUCCGGAUCUGCUGUUCCGACUGAUCCAAUGGACUCUCCUAAAGCCACAAAGGUUUAUAACAAGGUUCUGUCUGCUGCCGGAUGUGAUGGAGCGCCUGAUCGAUUAAAGUGCCUGCGAGAUCUCUCUUACGAUGACAUGCGCAAAGCUGCAAACUCUGUGCCAGGCCUUCUGAGUUACAGCUCAGUGGCGCUUUCCUACCUCCCGAGACCUGACGGGAAGAACAUAGUGUCAAGCCCAGAAGUAUUUGCUACUUCUGGGAAGCUCCCCAAGGUGCCCUUCAUUUUAGGAGAUCAAGAAGACGAGGGCACCCUUUUCGCUUUGUUCCAACCGAACAUCACCAGGACUCGAGAGGUUGAAGAAUACCUCGGCGAACUCUACUUCAAAAAUGCCUCCCCGCAGCAGAUCAAGGACUUAGUAGGCACUUACGCUGCCCGCCCUUCUGAAGGAUCGCCGUUCAGAACCGCAGGGUUCAACGAAGUCCGGCCGCAGUUCAAGAGACUAGCUGCCAUCUUAGGUGACACGGUUUUCACCCUCACCCGUCGAGCUGUGUUCAACAUCUCUCAAACAGUCCAGCCAGAAGUCAACACCUGGAGCUACCUCGCCAGUUACGACUACGGUACUCCUGUACUCGGAACAUUCCACGGAUCUGAUCUCCUCCAGGUAUUUUACGGGAUCAAGCCGAACUACGCUGCUUCGGCGACGCGGGCGUACUACUUUAACUUUGCUUACAAUCUGGACCCCAAUGACUCCUCUGGUGGCACGGGGAAGGCAAAGGUGAAGUUGAUCGAUUGGCCUAAGUGGAGAGACGGGAAUAAGAUGCUGCACAUGAUGGCCAAGAGUGCGGAUUUGAUAGAUGAUGAUUUCCGACAGGACAGCUUCAACUUCUUGCUGAAUAAUAGCUGGACUCUAUGGUCUUCUGAAGUUUGGGGUUGGAAAGACAUGGCCUUUCGCAACGACAUCACUGGCGUUUGUGCUAUGCGCACCUGCGGCGCCGCUCUUAUCAGUUAA